UCACCAUGCCUGAGAAAUCCAUGGUCGGCUACGUCGAGGACGUCGACGAGGAUAUCGGCAGCACCAUCGGCGUCGAGAGCACCCGCCGAUACGCCCGGUCAGAGGCGCCAAGAAGCCCUGAGCGAUCCAACACCGGCAAGCCUCGAGGCGGCCGAGUGAUGCCAGACACCGACUCCGAGGAUGAGACUGCCUCGAGCAGCAGCAGCCUCUCCGACUCAGACAGCACGCCCGCACCCGUCGGCAGGGACAAGAUGAGGCCUGUGCCGGCCGACCAUCGACGCCUGUCGCACCAGGAUCGAGACCAUCACCGCCGCGAUCCCCGCGAUUCGCGAGACUCUCGUGGCCCUCGCGACCACCGAGCUCUUGACCGCGACCACCAGAGGCGCGAGAGGAAGCCCAGAGAAGACGAGAACCACAGGAGGCCCCGACCUCAGCCAAGGGACCGAGACCCUAGGGACCUCAGAGACCUCAGGGAGCCCAGGGAGCCCCGAGACAUCAGAGACCUCAGAGACGCCAGGGGCCAGAAGAAGACCCGGCCCGGUCCCCCCAAGCAUGCUGCCUCACAGCCCGUCGUCUCUCAGGCUGCGUACCGAAGAGGCCAAGUUGAGGACCCGGCUGCGUACGGCGUCCAGCAGCCUGCUGUGUCUGCUCAGCGGCCCCGUGCCAACACUCGUCCUGCGAGCUACUAUGCCGGCCAGCCCCCACGGCCCCCUCCUCUGGACAUGGGCUGGGCUGGACCUCACCCUCCUCUGCCCCCUCCUCCUGGGGCGUUUGGCAACUUCCCGCCGCCGCCUCCCAUGUUCCCCGGCGGGCCCCCCAUGCAUCCUGGCAUGCCGCCGCAGUCUCCCAUGGGGAUGGGCCCGCCUCCCUUCUUCGAUGGCCCCAUGGGCCCUCCGCCUCCACGAGACCAUCUCGGGCGUCGUUUUGAUGAGUUUGGCCGGCCCGCUUCCGCCAUGGGCUUUGGCUCCCCCCCCGAGGCCAUAGGAUACUUUGACAACGAGUAUGACGACUUUGAGGAAGAGCAGGCUCACAAACAUGCCCGCCGUCCCUCGCGUGCGAAGAAGGCGCCGCCGCCACUACCACUUGAGGAACCUCGCAAGAAGAUGCCGCCUCCAGAAUUUGCCCCCAAGCGCACCCAGUCGGCGCGGCCAACCGCAGGCGGCUUCAAGCCUCCGCCAGCGCGCGAGGCACCGCGGGAGCACCUGCGAGAACAGGCACGGGAACACAUCCGAGAGCAGCUCCGAGAGCGCCCGCAGUCUCGGCCAGCCCCUCAACGGCCACCGCCCCCAUCGCACCGCCGCUCUGUGGGCUUUGUUGACCAGCAGGAGUAUGAUGACGACUUCCUGGACGAGGAGGACUUUUAUCAAGAGGUCCCUCCCAACCAGCGUCGCACUGCUCUGACUCGUCAGCGCCGCAGCAGCUCCGUCGCCUAUGAUCAAAACGGCUACGACAUUGUUCCUGCCGGUAACCGAGGCCGCCGCGCAUCCAUGUACGGACCCGGCCCCCAGGAGUCUGGCGGCGUCAGCCUUGAGGACGACAAUAGGUACUUUGAUGCUCUGCGCUACCAGGAGGACGUGAGCGGCGGUACGCCGAUGCCCCUGACCGCCGAGACGCUGCGCAAGGCGUCCAAGCGUGGAGAGCUGGCCAGCAGCCGAUCCACCAGGAGCAGCGGCAGCCAUGACGAGAGCGACUACAAGCGAAGCCACACCACCGGCCUCACCACGCAGUCCUCGGCGGCACACCAGGACGACUUCACCAUCAAGGUCUCUGGGCAAGCCGUCGUCAAGGUCCCGGGAGCCCAGAUCGAGUGCGAUGGAGGCGAGAUUACUUUUAGCAGCAACCGAGGCACCGGCGCUGGGCCUGGUUCCGGAGCCAUGGGCCAUUCUCGCGCCGGCAGUGACAAGGAGAGCACCGUCUAUCAGCUCGAUGAUGCGCGCAGCUCUCGCAUGGAACGCAAGGCGCUGCCCCAUCGCCCCCGCGCGGCCAGUCAGUCCGAUGUCCACAGCCGCAUCUACGCUCCGCUGCAUGCCCCGUACGAGCAUGUGCCCUAUGAUGAGCCGGAGCACUAUGAAUACGAGGCCCCCAAAUAUGCUCCCUACGACCCGUCUCUUGCUGCUUCCAACUUUUAUUAA